AUGGUGAAUGACUGGCUUUUGAAAGUACAAGCCAAGAUUGAUUGGACUACUUCUGAAAUAACUCUUACCUGGCAAGGUAAAGAGGUUACUGUUCCUGUUGAAUUUAAGAAACUUAACCCUAAACCUUUAGGUAAAAAUCAUUCUAAGAGAAUUUGUAAUGUAAAAGAAUCAGAAGAGAAAACUAACACUGAUGAAUUUGAUAAAAGUGAUGACUUUGAAGAAGAAAAAUUAGAAAAUAAAAUUUACAACUAUUCUAGGAUAAAAGAUUCUGACAAUCCAAACUCUUAUCCUAAAUCCAAUUCUUCCUGUAAUAUAAAUCCCUUUUACAAUCUUGAACAUUUAGUUUCAUUAGUUCAGAUUUCUCUUAAUGUCUCCUCUACAGGCAUGUCCUGUCUUGUAUCUUCCAACCUUAUCUGUUCGGAAGUAGAUUGUAACUCCAGUUCCAAUAGAUCACCUGGGUUAAGCCACAAUAAAUGUUUUGACUCUGAUGCAGAUGAGGUUAUUGACAAAGAAAGAAGGCAACAAAAAAUUAAAUAUGAAUGA